GGACGGCUGACCUUCCGGGAUGUGGCCAUAGACUUCACUCAAGAGGAGUGGGAAUGCCUGGACCUCAGUCAGUAGGAAUUGUACAGGGACGUGAUGUUCGAGAAUUACGGGAGCCUGGCCUUCUUGGGGCUUGUCUCUAAGCUGGACCUGGUCGCCUUUCUGGAGCAAUUGAAGGCUCCCAGGAAUAUAAGGAGAAUGGAGACAACAACCAGUUACCCAGCUAUGACUCCACAAGACACCCAGGAUUUGAUGCCGAAGAAUCCAACGUUAGAAGAUGUAUUCCCAAAAGCAAACUUAGGAAUAUGUCAACUAUUUCACCUCAGAACCUUAAAUUUAAUGAAAGCUUGGGAAUAUACGAGAGUAUAUGAAAGACAGAGAGGAUGCUUACAUGGACAUAAAGAAAUGGAGACAGUUACACAGAAUGCUAACAUUACUGCAAAAAGAAAUGAGCAAUGUGAGUCAAAUUGGGAAAAACACCCACUUCAGUCUUCAACAUCUGCCGAGACAUGUAAGUGUUUAAGAAAAGAUUUCCAUCCCUUUUUGAAACAUACAUGUUCUCUAAAAGUAAACCUGGAAAAUCUGGAAGGUAAUCUAGUCUCUACUGCAAAUCCUCAUUCAGACAAUUCUGAACUUAGGCUUCGACUAAACAUACAUUCAAGCAUGUCUGAACACCUACAAUUUAACAGUGAGUGGGAAAACACACAGUCUAAUCAUUUUGAGAGAUCCGUGAGCAGGGGGUCAUUUUUCUUCCCCCAACAGAUAUUUUCUCUCCAUUCCAAGAUAUAUCAUGUUGAUGAUAAUGGAAGAGAUGCAACCCAACCAUCAUUGUUCAAUACAUAUUGUGAUGUGGUUAAUACACAGCAAUGUUGCAUGUGCAAUAAAAUGAGUCAGACCUUAAGUAAGAGCUCCAGCUCCAAUAAUUACAAGAGUAUUUUUGAUGGACUGAGAAGGUAUUCAGGCAAUGAACCUGGGUAUACGGUUGAAGGAGACUCCAACCUUAAGAAUCAUCUGGGACCCAAAUCUUCAAUGAAGGAUUCUAAACGUCAUAAAUGUAGAAAUGCCUUUGAUCAAAUGUCAGGUUUUUCUCUCGAUAAGAGUACUUGUACUGAAGAGAGGACUUGUACUGAAUAUGGUAAGGUUUCUAGUCAGUCUUCAGAACUUAUUAAACCGCAGACUGUUCAGAAUCCACAGAAAGAAAACAAGUGUAAGGUUAUGGAAAUUCAUACAGGAAGGAAACCUUUCCAAUGUACAGAAUGUAGCAAAGCGUUUACAAGUCACUCAGUUCUUACUCAACAUCAGGGAAUUCAUACUGGAGAGAAACCUUACACAUGUACAGAAUGUAGCAAAGCCUUUACUUACAAUUCAAGUCUUAUUCAACAUGGGCGGAUUCAUACUGGAGAGAAACAUAAAUGUACAGAAUGUAGCAAAGCCUUUGUCUGUUACUCACAACGAAUGUCGGAUCAUCAGCGAACUCAUACUGGAGAGAAGCCUUAUAAAUGUAAAGAAUGUGGCAAAGCCUUCCAUAGUCGCUCACUUCUCACUCGACAUCAGCGAAUUCAUUCUGGGGAGAGACCUUAUAAAUGUAAAGAAUGUAACAAAGCCUUUAUCCAUCGCUCACAUCUUACCCAACAUCAGCGAAUUCAUACUGGAGAGAAAGCUUAUUGUGCAGAGUGUGGCCAAACCUUUAUUUGUCACUCAGAGUUAAUUGUACAUCAUCGAAUCCAUAUUGGGGAGAAAGCGUACAAAUGUAAAGAAUGUGGCAAGGCCUUUAUUACAAAUUCGGCCCUUACUCAACAUCACCAAAUUCAUACCGGGGAUAGACGUUAUAAAUGUAGAGAAUGUGGCAAGGCUUUUAUUAAGGUUUCUGGUCUUACUAAACAUCAGCGAAUCCAUACUGGGGAGAGACCAUAUUCAUGUACUGAAUGUGGCAAAGCCUUUGCUUACAACUCAACGCUUACUCAACAUCGGUGAAUUCAUGCUGGCGAGAGACCUCAUAAAUGUAAAGAAUGCAACAAAGCCUUUCCUCGUCUCUCACUUCUUACUCAGCAUCAGCGAGUGCAUACCGGAGAGAGACCUUAUAAAUGUACUGAAUGUGGCAAAGCCUUUGGUUGCAAGUCAACGCGUGCUAAACAUCAGCGAAUUCAUACUGGAGAGAGACCUUAUAAAUGUACAGAAUAUGGCAAAGCCUUUAGUCAGAGUGCCCAUCUCGCUAAACAUCUGAGAAGACACUGAAGAGAAACCUUAGAAAUGGGACAUGU